AUGGAAAUUGAAACUAAUGACGAUGCCGCUCGUUUUCUUAGGAGAGACGAUUGGCGUAGUAAAUUGUUUACUAUUAAAAAGUCGGAACUGCUGGUUGUGUCGGAUUAUUUACAGUUGGAGUUUACGGUUAGUAGUAAUAAUGAUGACAUAAGGAAAGGUAUCAUAGCGCAUUUUGCUCUGGAUGGAGUGGACGUUGACUUCAAGCUUUUGGAGGAAGAAAUCGACGAAGACUGUGAGGUAGUGAAACUUCGAUUGAAACUGGAUUUGAAAAAACUCGAGUUUGAAGAUGAACAGAAGCGGCGUGAACAUGAACUUAGUAUGGAGCAGUUAGAAAAAAAACUAGAGUUUGAAGAUGAACAGAAACGGCGUGAACAUGAACUUAGUAUGAAGCAGUUAGAAAAUGAACAGCAGAAACGUGAUCAUGAGCUGGAAUUGGCCAGGCUGACGGGUUCCCGAUCUCCUAUUUCUGGUAAUGAAGAUUCCCGUAUGUUGAAGUACGUACCAAAGUUUGACGAGAGUGACGUCGUAGAAUUUUUCAUAGCUUUUGAGAAGGUGGCGGCAAAUUUCAAGUGGAGUGAGGAUAGGUGGGCAUUCGUGGCUCAGACUGCUUUUUCCGGGAAGGCUCUAAAGGCUUGGGCUUCUCUGUCGUUGGAAGAUAGUCAAGAUUAUGCUAAAGUGAAAGAAGCCAUUUUAAGGAUUUAUGAGAUGGUUCCUGAAGCCUACAGAGUAAAGUUUCGUGACAGUCGAAAAUCCUCCAAUCAAACUUUUGUGGAGUUUGCUCGUGAAAUGGAGAAGCAUUUUGAAAAUUGGUUGAGAUCCAGCGAUGUCAAGAACAUUGUUGCCAGCGAGUCUAAGUUUGCAGUUGUUGAUACUCUCCCCAUACCUGAGGUUGAUGUUGUUUUGGCAAAUGAUCUUGCUCAAGGUAAAGUAAGUUGUAAUCCGACAGUUUUUGUCAAUCCACAGGGUGUAGGACCUAAACCUGAAACUUGUGCUUGUGACAACUAG